AUGGAUACUACAAAAGAAGAGCCAAAGAAGACUGCCAAGCGCGAUGCCUUACAGUCUAUAGAGCGCAGAAUUCAGGAAUUAUGGGAAAAUGAAAGAGCAUUCGAAAUCAACGCGCCAACAAUCGAAGAAGAACCAAAUGAUUCUAUUAUACACGAAAAAUACCCGAAACAUAUGAGUACAUUUCCGUAUCCAUACAUGAAUGGAAGGCUACAUUUAGGGCAUUUUUUCACAAUUACAAAAGCUGAAUUUGCAACGGGUUACGAAAGAAUGAAAGGAAAGAGAGCUUUAUUCCCUAUGGGAUUUCAUUGUACAGGCAUGCCAAUCAAGGCUUGUGCAGAUAAGCUCACACGUGAACUGGAGCAGUUUGGUCCGAACUUCGAACUUCCAAGUAAUAGCGAGUUAGAAGACGAAAUUAAAGAUCUGAGCCUGAAUGAGGGUACCAAUACUAAAUUGGGAUCUGUUGAUUCAUCCGGGGUGGCUACUAAAGCAUUCCAAAAAAAGGGCAAGGUAGCUGCAAAAUCAACGGGUCAAAAAUUUCAAUUCCAAAUAAUGCGAAGUUCGGGUGUUCCCGAUAAUGAAAUUGCUAAAUUUGCUGAUGCAAACUAUUGGCUCUACUACUUCCCACCAUUAGCUAUCAAAGAUUGCAAGGCUAUCGGAGCUAAGAUAGAUUGGCGUAGGUCCUUUAUAACAACCGACGUUAAUCCUUAUUAUGAUUCUUUUGUUCGGUGGCAAAUGAAUAAGUUAAAAGUCCUCAACAAGGUGAAGUUUGGUGAGCGUUAUACUAUAUAUUCACCGUUGGAUGGGCAACCUUGUAUGGAUCACGAUCGACAAAGCGGUGAAGGUGUGGGCCCACAAGAGUACACUGGAAUAAAGCUUAAAGUUUUGGAAUGGAGUAAGGAAGCUCAAAGUACUUUUGAAUCACUGAAAGAGCUAGAAGGAAAAAAUGUUUUCUUUGUUGCCGCCACUCUUAGGCCAGAGACAAUGUAUGGUCAAACGAAUUGCUUUGUUGGAGUUGACAUAAAUUAUGGUCUUUUCAAAAUCAACGAAAAUGAUAUCUUUUUGUGUACUCGUCGUGCUGCUCGCAACAUGGCAUUCCAAGGUUAUUCAAAAGAACGUGGGAUUGUCGAUCAAAUUAUCGAAGUUAAAGGAUCAGUAUUGAUCGGCACUAAAGUAAGCGCGCCGUUGAGCAAGUAUGAACAAGUUUACGUUUUACCAAUGGAGAAUGUUUUAGCAACAAAGGGCACAGGAGUUGUGACCUCUGUUCCGUCCGAUUCUCCUGAUGAUUAUGCAACCCUUCAAGAUCUCAAAAAAAAGGCAGCCUACUAUAAAGUUGAUCCUUCUUGGGUCGCUUUCGAGCCCAUACCAAUUAUUGAUACUCCUACUUAUGGUAAUUUAGCUGCACAGACGGUUUGUCAGCAAAAGAAAAUCAAUUCUCAGAAAGAUAGAUUGCUUUUAGCAGAAGCAAAAGAAUUGGUGUACAAGGAAGGAUUUUAUAAUGGAACCAUCCUUGUUGGUGAUCACAAAGGAAAACCGGUUCAGGAAGCAAAACCUUUGAUCAAAGAAUUAUUGAUUUCCACCAGACAAGGAUUUGUUUAUAAUGAACCUGAGUCUCUAGUAAUGUCUCGAUCCGGUGACGAAUGCGUUGUGGCACUUUGUGACCAAUGGUACCUGGAUUACGGCGAAGACGAAUGGAAGAAACAGGCGGAGAAAUGUCUGAGUCGGUUGAAUACGUUCGGAUUAGAAACGAGACAUCAAUUUGAAAAGACGCUAGCCUGGUUGAACCAAUGGGCUUGUGCCAGGUCUUACGGUCUCGGAUCAAGAUUGCCUUGGGAUCCUCAAUACUUGGUAGAGAGUUUGUCGGAUUCCACAAUAUACAUGGCUUACUACACUGUUGCGCAUUUACUACAUGGCGGUAUUUUAGAUGGCUCAAAGCCAGGGCCACUUGGCAUUCAAGCCUCAGAAAUGACUGACCAAGUUUGGGAGUUUAUAUUCAGCGAUGGUGCUUACCCGGAGAACUGCUCUGUUCCAAAAGAAAAACUUGAAAAAAUGAAACGAGAAUUUAAUUAUUUUUAUCCUUUGGAUCUUCGAGUUUCUGGGAAGGAUUUAAUUCCAAAUCAUUUAACGUUCUUUAUUUAUAACCACGUCGCUCUCUUUCCUGAAAAUCACUGGCCCCUUGCCGUAAGAUCGAAUGGUCAUUUGCAAUUAAACAGGGAGAAGAUGAGUAAGAGUACGGGGAAUUUUAUGACGGGCUCUGAUGCUGUACAAAAAUAUGGUGCAGACGCUACAAGAAUUACAUUAGCCGACGCAGGAGAUGCAAUCGAAGAUGCUAAUUUUGAAGAGGCUACCGCAAAUGCAGCAAUUUUAAGAUUGUUUACUUUAAAAGAGUGGAUCGAGGAACAAGUUAAAAACUCAUCUAGCCUUCGAGUGGGAUCUAAAGAUAAUUUUCAUGAUCGCGUUUUCGAGAACGAAAUUAAUAAAUUAAUUCAACAGACGACAAAGGCAUAUGAUGAAUCCCUUUAUCGGGAUGCACUUAAAUACGGAUUCUACGAAUUACAAUCGGCUCGCGACUGGUAUCGUGAGGUGACGCUGCAGGAAGGAAUGCACAAAGACUUGUUAUUUAGAUGGAUUAAUGUGCAAGCAUUAUUGUUGUCACCAAUCGCACCACAUUGGUCAGAAUAUAUUUGGCGCGAGGUUAUGUCAAAUGAUGGUCUCAUUAUAGAUGCCAAAUUUCCAGAACCGUCGGGCCAGGUCGAUAAAGAAUUAAUCGAAGCAACCGUGUAUGUUCGAAAAAUUGUCAAAACAAUUCGCGAUUUGGAAAUCUCAUCUCAAAAGAAAAAGAAGAAAGGAAAAUCCGAAGAUUUCAAUCCCGAGAAGCCCAAAGAACUUAAAAUAUAUGUUGCCACCCGAUUUCCUGAGUGGCAAGAUAUUGCGGUAGAGGCAAUGAAACAAUGUUAUGACGAGCAAUCCAAGACAUUUGAUGAUGUUAAAAUUCGACAAAUCUUAUCAGAACGAGAGAUUCUAAAAAACAAAAAAACCAUGCCAUUCGUACAAGAGUUUAAGAAAAAGGUCAAUGAAUUCGGUGCAGUGUCGUUUGAUAGGUCUUUAUUAUUUAAUGAAUAUAGCACCCUUCAUACAGUAUCAAGCUUCUUAAAAAGAAGCCUUGGAUAUGAAAAGGUGUUAAUUCUAAGAACGGUUUAUGCCAUAAGUGAGGAGGAGAAAAGGGUUGCCGAAGUGGCAGUUCCUGGAGAACCGGGAAUUUUAUUUAGAAACAUAAAUACAUCAUAA